GUUGAUAAUGAAAAGGAAAUCGACUUUGGUUUUGAAGAAAGAAGCUUCAUUGUUAAAUCAAAUAGAUGAAGUAAACCAUCAAACAACGUCUUCAACGUCAACGGCAACCGCCCCAGUCAAAAAUAUCCGCAAGAGAAAACAUCCAAAUUGUAGUAUAAUAACUCCCUCAGCAUCGUCGAAGAAACGCAUCAAUCACGCACUGCCUGACAUCGAAACACUGUUACUAUGUCCGUCGGAAGAAAUACAAAAUGCAUGUGAAGAUUCAAAUUUCGCAGAAGUGAACGAAUCGAUCCCUUCGAGUUCUCUAGGUGGACCACUAUACGAAUCGGAUCUAUUCUCACUGACAGAAGAAGAGCUAUCAACUAUUCAGAGUCAAGCUGCAGAAGUGGGUUUUCUACAACAAGCUGAACCUUCAGAUGAAAUCGAGAUUUUAGGCACCGAUUCCAAUAUCGACAGUUGUUAUAAUGUACACCACAACUGCAACAAUCAAGUGACAUUAGAUUUGAGUCAAAAUUCCAGUUCAGCUUUUGGUGUCGACUACUUUGCACAGAGUCUAAUAUCCGAAUCGGUGAUUAUAGAAGAAGGACAAUUAAGUCAGCAUGAUUAUGUGCAAUUGGCGUCUACUGAAACUGAUCAAAUUUCAGCUAAAGAUAAUUGCCAUCAGAGUCUGGCAGAUAUGUCAAAAUUAAAUCCAGAAUCUGAAACAGUUCGAGUUACAGGUGAAACGCAGACUUCACGCGUACCUUACGUUUUGAUGGUGGAGUCGGAUCCUUUAAGUGGCGUCUUGCCUGUAGCUCUAAUAGAUGAAUCAUCCAAUAUGCUGAACUGUGACGUAACUUUACCGCCGGCACCUCAAAACUUCUCGGAAGAAUCGGAAGAUCUUUUAGAGAGGUUCGAGUCCAGUGCAAACAAUAGCAGUGUAGACAUGACGCUAGGUAGUAACAGGGACGAACGUCAGGCUAGAAUCACAUAUCUCCUGGAACCCUCUGAGCGACAGCGAAGAAAAGGAACAAUCAGUGAUCAAUGGGAAAAAUGUCCUCGUGGCCGAAAAACCCAGGGUGCUGAGCUAGGCGAUAACCGAAAACCGAAAACAUUCACGUCUCAAUGGUCAGACGCUGAAGUGGAAUUACUAAAGGCUAAUGUUGAGAAUUGUGCUGAAAUUUACAAGUGCACUCCGGAAGAAAUAAUCCAUUCAUGGGAGAAAGGAACAAGAGGCGAUUUCUACAAAAUAGUUUCAACUGGUCUGAAUAGACCUUUGAAUUCAAUAUACAGGAAAACAUUGCGACUUUUUCCGAAGAAGAAGGGAAAAUCGACCAAAUUUACAGAAGCUGAGAUUGAUCGUUUAAUUGAAUUGCACAAGAAGUUUGGAAAUAACUGGGUCAAAAUAGGGAAUGAAAUGAAUCGAGAAUCUGAAUCAGUUCGAAACAAGUUUAGGUGUCUGAAGUUAACCAAUCAUAAUUCAGGACAUUGGGCCGAUGAUGAAACAGAACGACUGAAGGACGCCAUUAGCUCGAUAUAUGGUUCUGAUGAAAUUCCGAGUUUGAAAAUGGACUGGACCAAAAUUUCAAAACGAGUCAAAAGUCGAACCUCAAGGCAAUGUAGAUUCAAAUGGAUACAUGGACUGUACUCUAAAGUAGCAAAUAGUGAGAGUUUUCCCAAGUGGUCGAUUGAUGAUACAUUAACGGUGCUAGAAAGUUUGAUAAGCAGCGGUGCUAAUAACGAAGAUGAAGUCGACUGGUCCAAUUUAUGUUCCCAGCUGAAGUUCAAAAGAACGCCUCAAUGGUUGCGUAGGUUUUGGACUGUGAGUUUAAAACGCAUGAUCAGCAACGGAGCAAAAAUUCAGUUCCAGGAAGCCGUGAAUAAAUUGCAGAAGUUUUUCCGAGAGUGUAAUCAAUUAUUUCAGUCGGGCUUAGAUGUGAGCGAAGAAGAUUUAAUAUCCAACUACACUUCUUCGAUUCUAGAUUACGAAAGUCUAAAUGAAGUUUUGCUCUCCACUUCAAUCGAAGAGCAAGAGUGUUCCAGCAUAGAUGUUUCCAGCCAUACGCGGAAUGGUUCGAUUGGGGUGACUGAAAAUGAAUGCGAACUUCAGCUCAUGAUGUACUCUGUGGACGGUCAUUCUGAAGAAAUCAUUCCCUGUGAAACUGUAAACUCCAUUUAAAGAUUUCUAAUUUUUUAAUUGCAAUUUAUUGUUUCCUGCUUGGUGAUGUAUUGAAGCAAAUGUAGUGCGAAACGAAACUCUAUUUUUGAUAUAAUAAAAAAGGUCACUA